AAAUCAUUAAUAAAAAGUUUGCUAGUGAGUCGAGAAGAGAGAGAGAGGCGUCCGGAAUUCAUCGCCAGCGAUGUCUCCGUCCGCCGACGCCCCCGGCCCGGCCUCCUCCGCCUCGGCGCCCCCGCUCGCGCCCCUCAUCGCCGCGCAGCUCAACUACCUCCUCUCGCACUCCAAGCUGCCCAUUAGGGUGGUACAGAUCUGGUCCGGCUGCCGCAACGGUCGCCCUGCCGAUCGGUUCAGGCUCGCCAUCCCCUUCUGCCUCGACUACGUCCACUGGGAUUUCGUGUACAAUGCGCUGUCUCCCAAGGUGGCACCAGACGUGGUGUUCGGUCCGGAGGAUGAGAGGUUCCAGCCGCUGGUCGAUUACGCUGCUGCUGGAAAUGGCGAUAAGAGCUGCUUGGCGCGUUGGGAUUGCCGCGCCCCCGAGGGACUCCAUGCGCUCGUACAGGAGCUUCGAGAAUUGUACAUUGAAUACCAAAAGGAGCGGGUUCACAUGGUGGAUGACGCGAGACUAGCGUUUGAACUAAGCACAGUUCUCUCUAAGGAGGGGAUUGAAGUCUGCAUGGUACCUUCUGCUGAUAGGCCAGAUGAGGCCAAAUUUGCUGUACCACUUCUGGAGUCUGACUUUGACUUUGCCAAACUGGUGCCAGGAUGUCCUUGGAGAUUACCUCAAAAGAUCCAUCUCCAGGUCAUUUUUCCUAUCAGCAGGAGUUCAAGCUACUCUUCUAUGCCUUCUGCUCCACGACUCAAACUAAUCUCAACACCAGAUUUGAGGUCACUUCUCUCAGUUGAGGAUGUGAAACUCCCUCCAUGGUCAAAUGGGAUGUGUUUGGCGGAGUAUCUUCCUGCUUUAGAAGACAGUCUUAACGGUCUGCUUGUAGAUGCGUCGGCUUCAAUUGGUUCCAGAAGACGCUUUAUUGAGGCACUAGCUCCCAUCUUUGGGAGACCAUUAGAGGCUGAUCCGAUUUUUUGCAGGAGGGCUACAGUUCUUUCCAUUUCUGGAAUGUUCACAUUUCUGGUUCACUUUGCCAUCCCCCUUCAAUUCCCAAAGCAACAACCUGUCGUCACACUGCAGAGUUCUCAGCACUGUAAUGCCGAUGGGAUGCCUAUCACGUCGCCUCCGAUAAAUGACUAUCCCUGGAGUCCUAGAUGGGACCAGGCAGAGAUGGUUGAACGGAUCUACGACUUCCUGACCGACGAGUGCCAAAAUUUCAAGAAGUUCUGCAGCGAUGCUAUCACUCAGCAGAAGUAGCUGACAUCGUUCUGCAGCAGAAAGCCGUGGUGCUGAUUUUCUCAGCAACAGGCUUUCUUAUUCCCAGCAAGCGGCACACGUGUCUACUUGUGCGCCCGCCCCAAGCCUGCAACCGUUGAUGCUGUUCUCUUUCUUGUCAUGUGAGAGGACGCAACCUCAGGCGUUGGUUAGGAUCGGCAUAAACCAAGCAGGACAACACAAGACCUGUUGGUUGUUUACGAUGUCGUACCCCUGUAUAAGCUGCCGACAUGGUGACUGUUUGGGAUAUGGUAUAGAUGGAUACAAUCCAGUUCUUUUGUAAAUAUGAUAUGAAGGAUGGUGGC